AAUAAACACACUGUGCAACCUACUAAAUGGUUUCUAUUUGCUCAAAUGUUACGCCAAGUUCAAUCCAAACGGCUUUUUUUAGAGAGAAAAAAAACAUCGUUUAUUAAUCAUAUCGAUUGAAAGAGAAAACGGUGAUUUUUUUUGUGCUAGUCAUUUGCACUUUUCAGAUUAUAUACUAAAAGAAUCGAAUGAAUGAAUCAUGAAUAAUAAAUUAUUUUCAUAUCAUUUUCGGUAAAAUUAUCAAGUCCUUGAUCAUUUUGAAUAAAUUGCAAGGGAAUUCACAAAUCGAACGCACACAGAUCAGAGUCACAUGAACCGAGCAUUUGAUCUUCGAGUUUGCCCUUUCGAUUUUUGAUAAGAAAUUUUAAUCUGAAAUUUAUUUCUAUCAGCAAUGAGCAGUGUUCAAAAUGCAAAGUGAAUUUUAGUAAAUAUUUUGAAAAAUUAUCAAUUGGUCACCAUUUCGUAAGCAUUGAGUCACAACAAGUGGUGCAAACGGGAAUUUCAAUACACUUGUUGAAUCUCGCUUCUCUUGCUUCUUCUUUCUGUAUUCAAUUUUCGUUGUUCUCUUUUCUUUCUUCAUUCUUUCUAAUUUUUUCGGGUUUCUCUCUUUCUCCGUCACUCUCUCUGUUCACUGUACUCCUAUGUCGAUAAUGCAUAACGAACUAAGCGAUAGAGUGUUAGAAAGAGACGCAUAUAAAAAUGACACAAAGAACGGUUCAGCGGUUAAUCGACCGAAUAUAGAGCGAUGUCAGUGCUGUUUUUGCAUUAGUUCAAAUUUGAAGUCGACAACGAGAAUCAGUUUGUACUGUAAACUAAACGAAACACUCGCAACAGCUACCAGUGUCAAAUUUUCCAGUCUGACCACCGCCAUUUGUAUUCGACAUCGGAGAAGAAAAAAAUGUUGCGCAAAAUAGUAAUUUUCUUUGCCGUGUUCAUGGUGGGCAUGAUCGCAAGUGAAGAAUUUUCACUUUUGGAUUUCGAGACUAUUGAAAGUUCCCACCAGGAAAUCAAUGGCGAUUUGUCGAUUAUUUCGACGGACAACACAAACGAUGUAAUUCCACAUCCACCGGUCCACUACGAAAUGGUGCAGCCCUUGCGAAGUGUUAACGGAAUUUUGCACUAUGCAAUCGGAGCUCGAAGAAGCUCUGAUCGUUUGGUGGCAUCAGGAGGACAAAAUCAGAGCUGGCCACAGCCGCACAACGUUCAAAUUCAAUUGACGUAUCCAUCACAAGGAUACGGUGCUCUGGUCACCUAUGUCGCUAUCGUGGUAAAUCAGACCAGCUCAUUGGGCCAAGCAUACGUUGUCAAAGGAGGCAUUAAUCAACACCAGAUCACAAUUGUCGUUGAAGCUUACAACACCAACGUUUUCAAUGUGUUCGCCUAUGUUUAUGGCAUUUAAGAUACCAUCCAAGCAAUUUUAUCGCGAAAAAAAAUCACUCAGACAAUAUUUACCUCGAAAAACGAUUCUUGAAAAACAUCUCUUCAUAUUUUGUUCUACGCAUUUUAAUUUGUACACAAUGUGGAAUAGGAAUUUACCGAAAGUUGCAUGAAUUUGACGAGAAAAAAAUACGUCUUGAUCACGUGAAUGUAAUAUUAAUAUAAAAUGUAAUUAAAACGUCUAAAUUGACUGAAUAAAGGAUUAAUUGAGCAAAAUCCCAGGAAUAUAA